UCAAGAGAUGUUCAGCGAAAAUCUAAAAGCGUUAAGGCAUUUACGAAUGGUGUAUAUUUGCCAAUUUAACACUCCUGAGAUUUACUUGUUUUUGACUCCUAUCUAAACUCCUCCCUUUAGUCAUGUGCUUUUCUUCCAAAACCUCACAGGUGUCUCUUUCCAGAUCCCGUUUGAGGUAAAAAAAUCAUUUGAAUCCCAAUAAAGCAACAAUGAAAGCAUUGGCUUUAUUGCAAAAAAGAAAUUGCUUGGAUACUCUCGGUCGGUUUGGUUAGAAUUUUGUCCGAUGUCACAAUCGCUAUGUAAACUUCAGAACAGGUAAAGGGCUGUUGACAUCUCAGAAACCGUAGGAUUCAUCUGGAACACUGCCUCCUGUAUGAUAAAUCAGUGGGUUCUAUAAUUGAUGUAUAUAAUCUGUUUUGAUUUUGGUGAUACAGGCUUAUGUUUUUUUCUUUUGUGAGAGAAUAAGAUGUUCACAGUGGGCCUGCAAAUGGUCUUCAACUCCUAUUUAACUACAAGGCAGGCGGGUGCUCUUCAAGAAAUAUUGAAGAUGAACCAUUAUAGAAGCACAUAUCCAAAUGUGUCUCUUCAUGCCCAGGUUAAUGGGCCUGAUGGUAUCCUACAGAAUGGUGCUGUAGAUAACAGUGUAGCCAAAACUAGCCAACUGUUGGCAGAACUGAACUUUGAGGAAGACGAAGAAGAUGCCUACUACACAAAGGAUCUUCCUGUACAUGCUUGCAGUUACUGUGGUAUCCAUGACCCAGCUUGUGUGGUAUACUGCAACACCAGCAAGAAGUGGUUCUGUAAUGGACGUGGAAAUACUUCUGGCAGCCAUAUUGUAAAUCACCUUGUAAGAGCAAAAUGCAAGGAGGUGACUCUGCACAAGGAUGGGCCCCUGGGAGAAACUGUUUUGGAAUGUUAUAACUGUGGCUGUCGUAAUGUGUUUCUCCUUGGAUUUAUUCCUGCCAAGGCUGACUCAGUAGUCGUACUGCUGUGCAGGCAGCCUUGUGCCAGUCAGAGUAGUUUAAAGGAUAUCAACUGGGACAGCUCACAGUGGCAGCCCCUUAUCCAAGACCGUUGCUUUCUCUCCUGGCUGGUAAAGAUUCCUUCUGAACAGGAGCAAUUAAGAGCCCGUCAGAUUACAGCUCAGCAAAUUAACAAAUUGGAGGAGCUCUGGAAGGAAAAUCCCUCUGCAACUUUGGAAGAUCUUGAAAAGCCUGGUGUUGAUGAAGAGCCACAACAUGUCCUACUGCGAUAUGAGGAUGCUUACCAAUACCAGAAUAUAUUUGGACCCCUUGUCAAACUUGAGGCUGAUUAUGAUAAGAAACUCAAAGAGUCCCAGACCCAAGAUAACAUCACAGUGAGAUGGGACCUGGGCCUCAACAAGAAGAGAAUUGCUUACUUCACCUUGCCGAAGACUGACUCUGAUAUGCGUCUUAUGCAGGGAGAUGAGAUAUGCCUGCGAUAUAAAGGAGACCUUGCACCUCUAUGGAAAGGAAUUGGUCACGUUAUUAAAGUCCCUGAUAGUAUCCUUUGCUUUCAGAGCCGUAGUUUUGCAGAUUACGGCGAUGAAAUUGCAAUUGAAUUGAGGAGUAGUGUUGGAGCACCUGUAGAAGUUACUCAUAAUUUUCAAGUGGAUUUUGUGUGGAAGUCUACUUCAUUUGACCGAAUGCAGAGCGCAUUAAAAACAUUUGCUGUGGAUGAAACCUCAGUGUCUGGCUACAUUUACCACAAACUCUUGGGUCAUGAAGUGGAGGAUGUGAUUAUUAAAUGCCAGCUGCCAAAACGUUUUACUGCCCAAGGACUUCCUGACCUCAAUCAUUCUCAGGUUUAUGCAGUAAAGACUGUUUUGCAGCGGCCUCUGAGCCUUAUCCAGGGCCCCCCUGGAACAGGAAAAACCGUAACAUCAGCUACAAUUGUCUAUCAUUUAGCUAGGCAAGGGAACGGGCCUGUGCUAGUUUGUGCCCCAAGUAACAUAGCUGUGGAUCAGUUAACUGAGAAGAUUCAUCAGACCGGGCUGAAAGUGGUUCGUCUGUGUGCUAAGAGUCGUGAGGCAAUUGACUCUCCAGUAUCUUUCUUGGCAUUGCACAACCAGAUCCGGAACAUGGAUAGUAUGCCUGAGCUCCAAAAAUUGCAACAGCUGAAAGAUGAAACUGGAGAACUGUCUUCAGCUGAUGAAAAGCGAUAUCGUGCAUUGAAACGAACAGCAGAGCGAGAAUUGCUUAUGAAUGCCGAUGUGAUCUGCUGCACGUGUGUGGGAGCCGGUGAUCCGAGACUUGCCAAAAUGCAGUUUCGUUCCAUUUUAAUUGAUGAAAGUACCCAGGCUACUGAGCCAGAGUGUAUGGUACCAGUUGUUCUUGGAGCCAAGCAGUUGAUCCUUGUAGGAGAUCAUUGCCAGCUGGGCCCAGUGGUAAUGUGCAAGAAAGCUGCGAAGGCAGGGUUGUCUCAGUCACUGUUUGAGAGGCUUGUGGUGCUGGGGAUCCGUCCCAUCCGCCUGCAAGUGCAGUAUCGUAUGCAUCCUGCUCUUAGCGCUUUUCCAUCCAACAUUUUCUAUGAAGGAUCACUUCAAAAUGGCGUUACUGCAGCGGAUCGUGUGAAAAAGGGAUUUGAUUUCCAGUGGCCCCAGCCUGAUAAGCCAAUGUUCUUCUAUGUGACUCAGGGUCAGGAAGAAAUUGCCAGCUCAGGCACCUCCUAUCUGAACAGGACGGAAGCUGCAAAUGUGGAGAAAAUAACCACAAAGCUAUUAAAAGCAGGUGCCAAGCCAGAUCAAAUUGGUAUCAUCACUCCGUAUGAAGGUCAGCGAUCUUACCUGGUGCAGUACAUGCAGUUCAGUGGCUCGCUGCAUACAAAGCUCUAUCAGGAAGUGGAAAUAGCGAGUGUUGAUGCAUUCCAGGGUCGAGAAAAGGACUUUAUCAUUCUCUCUUGUGUAAGAGCCAACGAACAUCAAGGAAUUGGCUUUUUAAAUGAUCCCAGGCGUCUCAAUGUGGCUCUCACCAGAGCGAGAUAUGGAGUAAUUAUUGUUGGCAACCCAAAGGCCCUGUCCAAGCAGCCACUGUGGAAUCACCUAUUGAACUACUACAAGGAACAGAAAGUGCUGGUAGAGGGGCCCCUGAACAACCUCCGCGAGAGCCUAAUGCAGUUCAGCAAGCCCCGCAAACUCGUCAAUACCAUCAACCCUGGAGCUCGAUUCAUGACUACGGCCAUGUAUGAUGCUCGUGAAGCUAUUAUCCCAGGAUCUGUUUACGAUCGGAGUAGUCAAGGACGUCCCUCAAAUCUGUAUUUCCAAACCCAUGAUCAGAUUGGGAUGAUUAGUGCUGGACCCAGCCACGUCGCUGCUAUGAACAUUCCUAUCCCAUUCAACCUUAUGAUGCCACCGAUGCCUCCUCCAGGUUAUUUCGGACAAGCUAAUGGACCAGCUGCAGGCCGGGGGACCCCCAAAGGGAAGACAGGCCGUGGCGGACGCCAGAAAAAUCGUUUUGGUAUUCCCGGGCCUAGUACGAAUAUUCCAAAUAGUCAAGCAAGCCAGGAUGUGGUAUCUCAGCCGUUCUCCCAGGGUCCGUUGACUCAGGGCUAUAUUUCCAUGAGUCAGCCAUCGCAGAUGAGUCAGCCAGGCCUCUCCCAACCAGAAUUAUCACAGGACAGUUACCUUGGUGAUGAGUUUAAAUCACAGAUCGAUGUGGCUCUGUCACAGGAUUCUACAUACCAGGGUGAACGGGCAUAUCAGCACGGCGUGACUGGACUGUCACAGUAUUAGAGUGUUGAGGAAGAAGAGCUAAGCUUAUGUGGAGCUUAGUCCAUCAGCAUCUUAUUCUGGGUAAUAAAAAAAAAUAAAAUAAAAUGGAUACCUGUUUUCCACUGCUAAAACUGAAGCACCACUGUGUGAGAGCAACAGGAGAGAGAGGAAAGAGAGGGAAACCAAUCAAUGGGGAGAGAAGAGAGGAAGGAGCGAGUGAGCGACCACUGCUAGCACACUGAGACGAGGAGAAUGUCCGAAGAGGAGAGAGAAGCAGAGUACUGGCUGCGGCCCAAAGGGAAGGCGGGGUUCGGGUCUCGCGCAACCAGCAAAAUGAACGAAUGAAUAGUCAGCUGAGUCCCUGCUCCCCCAGCCCCAUGUGCUAGAGAGAAGGGCCUUCAGCAGGGCUCACUUCAUUCCAUGCUUCUGUUUGGGAACAGGGCCUCGCUUUCCAGAGCAGGAGGGAAGGGAAACCCUCAUCUCAGAGUUCUUUUAAAGGGUACGACAUUUUAGCAGGAAACUGUUCAAAUUUUAGCAGCAGAGGAGAGAUUCCUACUUCCUACUUCCAAGUCUGCAGAACCAGCCACAGAUGGUGCCAGCAGCAUAUGGCCAGAGCUCCACUCUGAGAUGCCGGUUGUCCACACGGGCUCUGAACCCUACGUGUUCUCAUGUUGCCUAUGUUUCGAAGGUGGUUUUAAAGAUGUUAGUUGAAUCAAAGGAGCACUGAAUUUUUCUUUUCGAAGUUAUGUCUCUGGAAUCUUAGUGGUGGACUUGGAAGAUGAGGUGCUUAUGCACACACAUUUAAAGCAGGCAAAUCUUAAAUUAGAAUUACCACCAAUGAAGAGAACGUCAAAUGAAUUUUAAAGCUGUAGCAUUCAGCCUCUUCCUACAAUGGAUAGCAGUUAAUGAGGGGGAACGGGUGCUGGUGCAGGAGGAGGGUUAAAAGUGUUUUCUGUAUGCUUUAAUUGGCUACUGUCUGGACUCUACUCUGCGAAAACAAGCCUUUCUGUCACAUGAAUUGUGCGCUUAAAAGGGGGCUGGCUGGGUUCCUGUGCUUUUCAGCCCUGGAGGAAAAGAUGCUAGUAUACCUGCUUCAUUCACUCCCGCCAAUGUUGGGGAGAAGUAGUGGCCACUGGGGAUUAUAAUGGAUUUGAAGUAAAGACUCUACAACAAUACUGAAGCAGGCUAAAUGAAUUACAGCAAAGCAGGCAGUUGGAAGGUGGCCAUCAAGCGGGUCCGAUGAGAGAAAAAGAGUGGCUUUUGGGUGACUUCUUCGGGGACUCACUGCGGGUAGCUGGAGAAGCCUUUUUUUUUUUAAAUUACUGUUGUUUUUAUUUUUGAAAAAGAAACAGAAAGCCUAAAAAAGCCUGAAGAUUCCUUUCAGGUACAGACCACCACUUCGGCAUCCAUGUUGACUUGAAAAAUAGAUACUAAAGGUGGAAGAUAAAGAGCACAUUCAAAGUGAGCCAUCAUGUCUUAAGGGAUGACGCAAGAAGACAGGCGUAUCGAGGACACAGUUCUUUAGACCUUUUUAGGAGCACUCUGAGUGCCGAGAUCCAGAGAGAUUGAGAACCUCACAUUCUUAGCUGCCCGUUUUAUCAGAUCCCUAAAUUUGAAAUGCUCUUAACUUCUACCUCUAAUUGGCUAAGUUGAGCAGAGUGUGAUUUGCUAGUGUAGAUAUCUUUUAAACCUUUCUGUUACCUGUAAGAUCAAAGGGCUUCAAGUAUUUCUAGUGUGGGAGGGUGUUUGUUUUUGUUUUAAAUUUGUAUUUGUUAUUUUGAGGAACUCAGACUUUACCUCUCACACAAUGUACUAGAAAGGCCCAAACUGCAAUGUUUGUUUUUAGUCCAUUUGAAAACCCCUUUGAUUUCAGACCAUCCUCUAAAUUGCCCACCCACUUAGAAAACCUGCAUUCUGUUGUUUUCCUUGAUUCAUUCUUUCCUUUUUUUUUCUUAGAGAUGGGGGUGGGUAGGUAGCUACAGAUGUACUUUGAUUUCCGUGACAGAGCUGGUCACUCUGCAUUAGGUUUUUGUCUGAUCCUUCAGCUUGUCAAUUUAUAUUUCAAGUUCUGCAAAAACACACAGUUUGCCCCAUAAAUCUUGAGAAAGCAAAAACAUCAGCCCUCCUAUUCUAAAAAUCCUCCAGAAUUUCACCUUCUAAAAUGUACCAAGAACGGGGACACGCAGGCCACCUUCUUUCCUGUAAGAUGGACUGUUUUAUUUAUUAACAUUGCCGAAGGGCUUUUUUAAUUUUUCCUUCUGGGUAGGCUGCCUAGUUGCAGAGUUUUGAAAUAGGUUUAAGCUGUAAUCCUUUGUGCAAUGCAAUCCAUUGAGUAAUGCCCCUCUGCCCCCUUCCCCUCCUCUCCCUCCUCUCCCCCCACCCCCACCCCUCUGCUCCCUGCUCUCCCCCUACUCUCCCCUCCUCCAAUCUGCCCCUAUAUUUCACUGGUUGGAAUGCUUUUGCCUCUGCUUUGUGCUGUUUUAUUGUUUUUCCUUUGUAGCAAUUAUUCUGAGUUUUAUAAAUCCAUGAACAUCAGUGCCAGCACGGUGUUACUUUUGAUUUUUCGUCAAUUUGUUUUAAACUGUCAUCAAAAUAUUAAUAAACAGCUCUUGCAUUCACACUGA